AUGAUCCGACGACCUUAUUAUGGUUACGGGCAACCACCUCCAAUGCCCGGUGUCCCCCCAGGCGCCCCCCCACCAGGGUACCCACACAUGAUGCCGGCACCGGGGGUAGUAUACUACCCGAUGCACCCCGCUUACUUCUACCCUUAUCCACACCCUCCCUCAACGGGUGGAGGUCUUAACAUCGUGGAGGAUCCGAUCGUGCCGACCCUCCCUGGGGAGACGGUCGAGCUACCCUGGAGUACAUAUAAGUGGGUUCCCGCAUGCUUGAGCCAACAGAGUAUCCCUCCUGGUGCUUUAAGGGUAGGCACUGAUGCUGAUGGAGAACCCAUCUAUGCUGGCAGGGCUCCUUAUAUGGGAGAUGUUUUACCUGCUAAAGUUAUUCCCUCCAAGAACGCCUGCUACGUCUGCCAUGCUGGCCAAGAAGUAUUAAUUGACCAGUUUGAGGUGCUGGUGCCAUCGAUGUUCUCCUGGCAGUUCAGUACUAACGGCGAGGUGCCUCCAGGAGCUAUCACUGCUGGAACCACCGCUGACGGAGAGAAACUCUACUUUGGCAGGGUUACACAUGACGGUUGUACGACGCCAGGCAAGUUCCUCGAGGUUGAAAGAGCCCAGAGAUCAUUACUGAAAGUCAUGUAUUUCAAGAGCCGGCGUUUUUCUACUGAAAGUCUUUAUCGAAUAACCAACCUACUGUCAAUUUGGUUCUUGCAAACCCCUAAAACAAAAACAGAUUUUGCUAGAUUCCAAUACAACAGACAAUCAGCCUAUCUUUAUAAUAAAAUGAAUAAAGAAAUACAAAUAUACGCAAAAACUCAUAAUGAGUGGUUGAGCUGCGUAUACGCCGAUAUGGCGGGUGAAUGUGACAUGGCAGGCUUCUACACCGAAUUGGGCUGCACCCCCAAUCCGACUGCAGACAAUUCCACCAUCUGUCCUGACUCAUUCACUUGUCCUGAACUGCAUCCUGACCCCAAUAUGUGCUAUUACAGGGGCGUCGCAUAUGGCGACCAGUCUUCCAUACCACAAAGUCUGAUUAACAACCCAUGCUCGCAAGCUUGCCGUUGUCGUGUCUCCGGUAAUCCCCGAUUCGAGUGUGCCGCUGUUGAUUGUGUGGAAGUAUUCGAUGGUGAUCUACGCCAAUGUGUCAGCACUUUCGAUCUGGAAGCUUGUUGCAGCACCGGAAACGUUUGUGGUAAAGACGCAAUUGCUAACCUGAAAACCUGCGAAGUGGACGGUAAGACGUACCGCGAAGGGGAAUCGUUCGAACCUAAGAAUACUCACAAGACCUGCAUCUGUACCGGUGAUUGGGAUGGCUCCACUGACAACGCGUCCGUCUGUCGUGACAUCAACUGCGGCAUCGAGAUCCACUAUCAGGACAAGUUAUUGGGUAACUGCGCCCCGGUGUUCGUUGGUAGCAAGAAAAGUUGCCCAAUCAGUUUUACAUGUCCAUCAGCAACAUCAAAAGUACUACGUGGUGUGAACCUGCGUGGCAUAAACGCGCAGUGUGCGUUUGGUAACACAACCCUUUCGGUAGGAGACGAGGUGACGGUCGACGAGCAAUGCACCACAUGUUCCUGUGAAGUACCACCGUUUGUGUCGUGUACCAUGAAGAGUGCUUGCAAUUAAGCCCAUGCAGUUCCUGAUAACGUCGUUCUGAUAAGAGACAUCGGGCAAUUGCCUUUUGAGUAGAGAUAUUGGCAAGUCUAUCCAGUUCUUGAUA